AUGAGGAGACAGGAAAACCAGCCAGCCAGGCCAACAGCAGGCUGCCUCUCUGUGCCGCUGUUUAACCAGAAGAAAAGAAACAGAGUUCCUUUGACAUCGGCUCCCUCUGAAAAUGAAUUCUUUUCUCACGCUGAAUACACGGCAAGCACCAGCUCGGCUACAUCUCACGCCACAUCAGGUCCCUAUGGAUGUUACCAGGCCUCAGGUCCCUCCACUGGUGCUCCCCAAAGUCUUCAGUGGAACAGACAGGUUAUCCCACAAGCUACUCAGCCCCAACAGUACGGCAGUAGACCUAUUCCUGGACCUGCCCCUGCAAUGAGAGCCUGUGCACCCAUACCACAUCCGUAUAAAGUUGGAGGGACAAGUUCAAAGAUGGGACAGCCCAGCAACCCAGGAAGACAACAGGACUCCAGCUCCAGUGUUAAUUUCAGACAGAACAAAUAUCAAGUGCCUUGCAGCAGUGAGAGUGCACAAAGCAAGCAAACACACCACACUGGGUUCUCUCAGAUGGGUCAACAGUCAUCUUACAAACCGCCCAAUCUCCCGCAUCAGUAUUCCCAACAGUCUAGACCUCUGCCCUCUCCUGUCCCAGCACCCAGCAGGCCCUCUGCUCAUGCAGGGCAACCACCAAACAAAUCCUGGAAGUUUACUAACAGCUUUGGGCCACAAAGUACCACUUUUGAAGGAAAAAAGAGCACAAAUCAACCUCAGACUGCACAACACACUCAAACUCAGCAGGUAACAUCUCCAAUGAAGCCGGCAACUGAGAACUCACUGAGGAUCCUGACUGCAGUUAUUGACGGCAUGAGACACUGGAGCCAGUUUAAAGACAAAGUCCCAUGCUUAUUUGAGAUAUUUGCUACUCUAGACUCUGCAGUCACACUGGGCCACCACGGAGCUAAGAACUUCCUCAUGAGAGAUGGGAAGGAGGUUAUGCAGUGUGUCUUCUAUGAAACUGAGCAGGAACUCCCCCGUCUCAUCCGUGGUCAAGUUCAUCGCUUUGUGGGUAACUAUGACCGUAGCAGAGAUAUCCUGAUGUGUGUCUCCGUCAGACCCGGCCUGCCCUCAGAGCUCAGGAACGCCCAGGAGGCUGUCAAAGCCUGCGAUGCAGAAAUGAGGGUGCUGGUCAAAUCACUCAGUGAAGUCUGA